AGUUGUGAGACCAAGUGGAGGAAGCGGGGAGAGAGGAGUCGGGGCUGUGCCGGAGGCCAAGGACCGAGAGGUCUCCGGUGACCCUUGCGAAACCCUUGUGGCUGGGAAGGAGCCGAGCGCCUGCGUGAAAGUAGGAACCUGCUCGGAAGUUCGCUCCUACCUGAGCCGGGAACUCAAUCCGCGGGGCCGAAGCCCUUCCCCUGCGUGGUGACUCUGGUGGCCGCGUCUGCGCCUUAGCCAAGAGGAUCCGGAUGGCCGUGAGGUGGACCUGGGCAGGCAAGAGCUGCCUGUUGCUGGCGCUUUUAACAGUGGCCUAUAUCUUGGUGGAACUCUCUGUCUCGACUUUCCAUGCCUCCUCAGCAGCGGGCCUUGCCAGGGAGAGGGGGGCCCAACCGCUCUCAGACCCCUGGGGAAAGGCAGAGGACUUGUCUCGACCGCUUUAUGAGAAGCCCCCUGCAGAUUUCCGUGCACUUGGGGAGUGGGGGAAAGCCAGCAAACUCCAGCUCAGCGAGGAUGAACUGAAGCAGCAAGAAGAACUUAUCGAGAGAUAUGCCAUUAAUAUUUAUCUCAGCGACAGGAUUUCCCUGCACCGCCACAUAGAGGAUAAAAGAAUGUAUGAGUGUAAAUCCCAGAAGUUUAACUAUAGGAAACUUCCCACCACCUCUGUUAUCAUUGCUUUCUAUAAUGAAGCCUGGUCGACUUUGCUCCGCACCAUCCACAGUGUUUUAGAAACUUCUCCUGCAGUCCUCUUGAAGGAGAUCAUCCUAGUGGAUGACUUGAGUGACAGAGUUUAUUUGAAGACACAGCUUGAAACUUACAUCAGCAAUCUCGAUAGAGUCCGCUUGAUUAGAACAAAUAAGCGGGAGGGGCUGGUUCGAGCCCGCCUGAUUGGGGCCACUUUUGCCACAGGGGAUGUCCUCACUUUCCUGGAUUGCCACUGUGAGUGUAAUUCCGGUUGGUUAGAACCACUUUUGGAAAGAAUUGGUAAAGAUGAAACAGCAAUUGUAUGUCCUGUGAUAGACACCAUUGAUUGGAAUACUUUUGAAUUUUAUAUGCAGACUGGGGAGCCCAUGAUUGGUGGAUUUGACUGGCGCUUAACCUUCCAGUGGCAUUCUGUCCCCAAACAUGAAAGGGACCGACGGAAAUCGAGAAUUGACCCAAUCAGAUCGCCCACCAUGGCGGGAGGACUGUUCGCUGUCAGCAAGAAAUAUUUCCAGUACCUUGGAACGUAUGACACGGGAAUGGAAGUGUGGGGGGGUGAGAACCUGGAGCUGUCGUUUCGGGUGUGGCAGUGUGGAGGCAAACUGGAGAUCCACCCCUGUUCCCACGUGGGCCAUGUAUUCCCCAAGCGGGCGCCUUACGCUAGACCCAACUUCCUCCAGAAUACUGCCCGGGCAGCGGAAGUGUGGAUGGAUGAGUACAAAGAGCAUUUCUACAACCGAAACCCUCCAGCCAGGAAGGAAGCAUAUGGAGAUAUAUCUGAAAGAAAAUUGCUACGAGAACGGCUGAAGUGCAAGAGCUUUGACUGGUAUUUGAAAAACGUGUUUUCUAACUUACAUGUCCCAGAGGACAGGCCAGGCUGGCAUGGAGCUGUUCGCAGCAGGGGGAUCUCUUCUGAAUGUUUAGACUAUAACGCUCCUGACAGUAACCCCACAGGGGCCAACCUUUCUCUGUUUGGCUGCCACGGUCAAGGAGGCAAUCAGUUCUUCGAAUAUACUUCGAACAAGGAAAUAAGGUUUAACUCUGUGACAGAGUUAUGCGCAGAGGUUCCCCAGCAAAAAAAUCAUGUAGGAAUGCAAAAUUGCCCAAAAGAUGGGUUCCCCAUUCCAGCAAACAUUAUAUGGCAUUUUAAAGAAGAUGGAACCAUUUUUCAUCCCCACUCGGGACUGUGUCUUAGUGCUUUUCGGACACCUGAGGGUCGCCCUGAUGUUCAGAUGAGAACUUGUGAUGCUCUCGAUAAAAACCAAAUCUGGAAGUUUGAGAAAUAGAAGAGCACAACAGCACUUUCUUCCUGAGCGGACAAUAGCUUUGAGAAAGUCAAAGAGCCUCAGCGAAGAUUGUGCUUUAUCAGAAAUCACCCACUGGCCAUCUGCGAGAGCUCCGUGAAAGCUGUGUUUCAUUUUGGUGUAGAACACUGAAAGUGGGUGCCCAGAGAGCUGCUGUUUAAUAUUUCAAAGUGCCUUACUUAUGGGUUGUUUUAUUUAAACCCUCUGUCAGUAUGGUUUCCUCUCCUUAAAGAAGUUGACUGUGAAUUGAGCUAUACAAAACAUUUAAGUGCCAGACUUAAUAUUAAAGAAUAUAAACAUCCAAGCCGAAUGAGGGAUGAUUUAUGUUGAUGGAUGAGUUCCCCGCCCAUCUCUUUAAAAACAAAACUCAUAAAUGUGCAGUUUGAGCUGUUGCUAUUUUUAUUAUAUGUAGGAUUUGAAUUUCUUGUAGCCAGCACAUUGAAGUUUAGGUGUUGUUUAUUAUUUUUUAAAUUUUAAUUAUCCUUUAAUCAACUAGAAAUUGAAGUUAAUCUUAAGGAGAUGUAUGUUUCAUUGGAAGAGGGAAUUAAUUUGAAUGUGAGUUGAGCGGUCUUUUUAACAUGUAGACAUCUCAGAAAGAUGUACCCUCAUCUGAAUAAAACAGGGAAAUAUUUACAUUCCACACUUGGUAAACUUGAGCUAUUAGACUUAACUGACCUGUAUCGAUACCUCAUUUUGCUCUGAUUUUUUAAGCUGUCUUCUCUAUGAACUCUUGUGUGGGGCAUUUUCUGAUUGCACUUCCUUAAGUUAUGAAUGUACUGGAAAAGGACUCAUUCACAAUACUAUGCUUCCCUUUGUUAAUGCUUAAUCGUUUAAAGUAAACAUGAUUGUGGACUCUGAAGUUAAA